ACAUUAAACUGGAUUCAACAGUUUGGAAAAAGCACUGAAUGUUUAAACAGAUAAAAAAUAUAGACGAUUAAGAAGCACAUUAUAACCCAUUUCCAUGUGCAUUUUGCACAUUUUUAUGAAGAGACUGUGAUGACUCUAUUUCCUCUGUUUCUAAAUAUACUAUCUAUUAGUGUUAACAGUGUGUUAAUCAUUAUCCCAAAAUGUGAUAAGAUGUUAGUUCCUCUCUUUUAUUGAGUGGAAACAGUUGUUUACCUACUGGUUCUACUAAGGAACAGAAUGAUCUUUUCAAUGCAUUUGUAAGCAUCAAGGUAAAUAUUAGUGAACAAACAUUUAGUUUUUUAAUGCUGGAGAACAUGAGUGAUAAUAGGAGUCAAUAGGGGUCUUUCUGGCAUAUCUACUAUAUGCAAGGUGUUAAUCAGUGAACUUCUAAUCUCUACUGUUUAGUACAAGGAUUAUAUUUUAGUCAAAAAGUAUCAGACUAACCUACAAUACCAGCAGCACAGGAGACAAAAAAAGUACCAUUUAGCAAAGUCUUAAAAAAUCCACAUCGCAUACAAUGAACGAUAAAUCAACAUGAGUAAAACUGAAAAUAGUUUGGAGCGGGAUGAUUUUGCUAAGAAAAAAAAUGGGCCACACGGUAAGAGAUAAGUACCUCUUCCCUGCCCAUCUCUGAAUUCUGAUCCAGAUGGCAACUUCCUGCAAUCUGCUUUGGAUUUAAAAAACACAAAGCAAAACUCUUCAAUAAAAACAUCCACUUGACUCAGUAUCAUCUUGGACUCUAUGGUCCCAUGAUGCUCAACUCAACACGGUGAUAAUGGUAAGGGGUUCACUCUACCAAAGUUACAUAGGAAGUGGAUCACAUAUGGCCAUCCCAGGAUGUGCCCCAAAGGAUGAAGAAUCAAAGGAAAUUAAGAGCAACCCAGUGCUAGUCUCCCUUGGUUGUGGGGAUGAGAGGAACGGGAUCCUUGGGAAAGACAAAAGUCAACAAGAUCUUUGCAGCUUGCUGGGAUCAGGUGUUGUUUUAGUGAUAAUAAGCAGUGAAAGCUAUAUAUAUAUAUAUAUAUAUAUAUAGGGAGAAGUGCUGACCUGAGGGUUUGCUUUCAUUGUCAGAGAUAACUUAAAACAGAUCCAGAGAUUGUGAAUAUAUAAAAUCAGACUUACUUUGGGCUUGCUUAAAAAUGGAGAGAAUCUCAGAGCCACACACAUUUUCCAGAAGUAAAACGGGACUGUAGCAAGAUGCCUCUGCUUCAUCACCUUGAACUGUCUGCAACAGUGACUUUAUCCAUGAUAAUGAAAAAUUCAGUGGUCUCAGAAACUGACAUGGUUAUCUCAAAUUAAGUGGUAUAACAUACAACAGUCAAGCAUAUGGAAAAGGCAAUCAAGUGGAAAUCUGUUAUCAGGUAUUCCAAGAAUUAAUCAUAGAGACUUUUCAAAUUCUUUCCCAAAUGUUAAUAAGCACACUUGUAAUAUAUAUAAAAAAUAGUGUUAGCUGAACAAAGACAGAUAUGAUCAUAGCAAGUUGUACUCUGGAUCUAAAUUCGGUGUGGGGGUUGAAAUGAAGCCAGGAGUUCCUUCAAAGUGUAUUAAAAAAUGGCAAAGCAGCAAAGAAUAUAUAAAAUGGCUAAGCUUACCCACUAUUAAAAAUGUUAUAGUGAGCUAAUGGCAUUUAUUAUAAGUGAAGUGUACAAUAAAACUGUUAGAAAGUGCAUAUUUGCAAUGUUGAUCUAAGGUGCGGGGGCCUCCAUAAACACGCUGCCCUGCUGUGUGUGUUGCUAUUCUUAGACAAUAUAGCAAUAUAUUAUAACCCGAAUCACCAUUUGAGAGCAACCCAGGCGUGAAUCCUAAAAGCACCUUAAACUGUUGCAAGAAAUAUUCGGCAAACACUGUAAACAUCAUCAACCCCGUCAUUUGGCAAACAAGAAAAUAGGAGCAAGCUGUAUAAAUUGGCCUGUGGUCUUGGCUCCUGUCUUCAGAAGUCCCGUCCUUUUCUUCCCUGCUCUGAUUAGUCAGAUACUGUUUCGACAAGAUGAAGGCUGCGGUGCAAGGGAUGCUUUUGCUCUCUCUCUUUAUGGCCAUUUCUGAAGUAGCAGCUGAAAGAAGACUCUGCGGAAGGGACCUUGUAAGAGCUGUCGUCUUUACUUGCGGAGGGUCUCGCUGGAGGAGGCAGCUGACUCACUUUCCAAAAAGUCUCACAGGUAACAAUUUGGAUUAUACGUGGUCCAAAUGCACACGGAAUGUUUUUGCAUGCAAAAGCCAGGGUUAGUGGAUUUUCUUUAUUUUUUAAAACGGUCUAUGCCACACUCCAACAGAAAUAUUAGGGUGGCCUACAUAACUUAAGAAACAAAACAAAAACCCUGAUCUAUAAUGACAAAGCAAUUAAGUUUAAAACAGUAGGUAAAAACUGCCAUGAACAGAAUUACACUUUCAUAAUUAGGUGAUAAAAGUCAUUGGUGCUGAAAAUAUAAAGUAAGGUGUCAGUCAAACCUCGUAGGAUAAGAGUUCCAUAAAUGAGGUGGUGACUGGUGACAACAGAGAGAAGGCCUGUGCCCCACUUCGGAUGGUGGGGGGCACCUGGAAUAUUAUCUUAGUGAAUAAGCAGGGGUGUGUGGAGGCAAAAAUCCCCACAGGUGCCCAUGUCCCAAGCCAUGCAGGGCUUUAAAGAUAAGCAACAGGAUCCUGUAUAGUGCUUAGAAACAGCACAAAUAUUUAUAAUAUAGUAAUAAGCAAUCUCAUUUGGGGUUUGUACACAAGUAUUUAAUUCUGGAAAACUGAGGUUUAUUCCUGUGUCUAAGAUAUACAUGAAUAGCUUUGCUGUUAUUUAGGUUCAAUUUUUUUAUAAAAACAGUUUUGAAAUAGUUUUUUAACAAGUAUAUCCUGGUACUGAGAUGGUAACUGUCGAAUCCUACAGAAGUCAAGCUGAUUGGUUUUUGUAUCUGUGGCCUUGGAAAUGAAAAUCCUAUCUGGAUAUAGGAAAAUAUAGUUGAGGAGAAGCUGAUCCAUCACUUCCUCUUUCUUCACAUAUCUUGUUUUUCAACAGAACUAGGACAAUCCUAGUGAUAGGCAUCAAUUGUGAAAUUUAACUGUAUGUCAAGUUUUCUUAGGAUUGCAUUUCCCAGUGUAGGCUGUAAAUAUUUCAGACCCAAAUUAAAAUAAAUAGAUUGGGCAACAUCAAAGUUGCCUUGAUCACUGGACUGCCUGAAGUUCAACAUCCAAAGUUUAUUUGAGUUUAUCUCCAGAUUUCUUAUUUUUUAUCAUUUGCACGCAACAGGUCAAGAAAGCCACUUGAAUUCACCACUUGACACUAAUGACUCAACGGGUGCCAAUGAAAAGGUGAUCCAAAAGCCAGAAUACCUAAGCAAAGAAUUCAUCCAGUCCAGUUCUGAAGCUGAAGGAGAUUUGUGGGGCAUGGAACAAAAGUCUAUACACAAAAGGAAUGAAGAUAUUAUGCGACUCAUAGACCUUUGCUGUCUGGUCGGCUGUAGCGACAGCACUGUAAGUUCACUGUGCUGAAAAUGUAUCAGACAGUGGCAUGCAUGCUAUUUCAUAGCUAACAAUACAUCAGAAACAUCUUGAAAUAGGUAUUUUUGAUAUCCUACUUUGUAGUUCCGAGCUCUGAAGUACUUCCUAAGUGCCAUUCCAUUUGGGAUACUGUACAAAUUGAGAAACGGUCUUUUAACAUCUGUAUUUCAAACAGCUCUCUUUUUUGUAGUUCCUGCUUUCACAAUAAAUUUGCAGCUCGCAACAUGGCUUUUGCUGUUUCUUCUUGCCAGUGCAGUGCUAGGCUUGGAAUUAAAAGAGACACCAAAAACCCUCUGACACUGAAUAAGUUCUGUUUACUCAGGCAGUCUUAAGAGAAAAUACCAGUUUCUCGAUAAGGGACCUGUACCUUAAGUGACAGAUCACAUGCAAAGCAUCCCAGGUUCAAUUCCUCUCAUCUCCAGGUAGAAAUACCGUAUUUUUCGCUCCAUAGGGCGCACCUGACCAUAGGGCGCACCUAGUUUUUAGAGGAGGAAAAUACGGAAAAAAAUAUUCUGAAUCAAAUGUUGCACUAAACUAAAGCAGCAAAGCGGGUGGCUCCUGUCCGCUUUGCUGCUUUAAACUGAGCCUCAGAGGAGGGUAGGAAGGGGAACCAUGGCUUAUCUAAGUCCAGUUAAUAAUGCUGAGCCUGACUUAUGGCCCUCGAGAUUAGCCUGGCCAUCUCAGUGGAAAUCUGGGGAGGCUAGGGUGGACUUUCAGUGGUCAAAGUGUGGUUGUGUCUUCCUGCCCGGCAUCUAUUUCCUGCCCUCUUUCCCUCCUGCACCUCCGCACCCUGCUUCGAGGGAAGGAAGCGGAGCCAUGGAUCCUCUGCUCGCAACUGCAGUGGAUCCCUCCACUUUGAAGCCGGAAAGUGGGAGAGGAGCUGCUCACAUGAGUGUAAGCUGCUCCUCCCGCUUGCUGCUUCAAAGGGAGCCCAGGAAGAGGGAAUCUGCUGCAGCCGCAAGCAGUGGAGGAUCCAUGGUCCCCUUCCUUCCCUCCUCCGUAGUUGC